GUGUGUAUAAAAAGCUGAAUCUCUGCCCAAGUUAUAGAAAGAGAAAGGAAAGAGAGAGAGAAUAUGGAGAUCCUUAGCCCCCUGUCUUUCAUUGUAUUAUUAUUCUUGUUAUUAUCAUUUUCAGGUGCUACUAAUGAUGAUCUCCCAGGUAGUGGAGAUGGAGGAGAUGGAGGAGAUAAUGAAGAUGAUGAUAAUAAUGACAUCAUUUGUAUCAAUCCCCUCAACCUCUCAUCUCUUCAUCCUUCUUAUUUCUAUGAAGGCUCCAAUUUCACUCUUGGACUGCAACAUGGGUCCUGUAUCAGUGCCUGUUUGAAUCAGCUGAUAUUGGACAAUACUUUGUUUCAGGAAUUUCUCACUUUUGAUAAUGGCCUUUUUAUCUUAUCCCCUCUCUCUCCUAUCUUACAAGAUAAUCAAAGCUGUCAUAUCUGGGCACUGCUAAUGCAGUGUAGUAAAGGUUGCUAUUACAGCUCAACUGUCAAAGCAAAUACAAGUCUUUGUGAUAGUUUAUGUUAUGACAGUUGCUCUGGCAAUGAGGUUUGCAGCAGCGAUUGUGAUGAAGAUGUUUGUAUUACUGGUUGUAGUAUACCAUUUUCAAUGACUCAAGAAUUGAGUAGCGACACUAUUACUCUGCCCACAAUGGAGAUUAAGGAAACUUCCACCCUUGGAGUCUUUAAGGUUAACUGGACAAUGAAUGGUGUAGAAAGACUGAAAGAAGACCAGACAAAGGAAUGGGCUAAUACAACGUGGACACUGCUAUUAAACAUUACAGCUGUUUCUUAUGAUGGAAUGAAUAAAACGACCAUAUUCAAGAAUAUUCCUGCUUUAUUUACAGAGCUUGAUCUCCGGGAGUACAUUUGCUCCAAAGUACACUUAUCCUAUUCCUGGGUUAGCCCCAACGGCAGUUAUUAUAACAAUGGCACUGUCAGUAUUCUUAAUGUCAAAGGAGUAAACGUCACGCAGCCCAUCGCCAUAUCUGCUAUCACAAUUAGUAGGUAUUAUUCCUAUGACUACAGGAGAGGAUUCUUUGGCCAUUUUGUCGUUAACAUAUCAUGGGAUAAUCCACCCGACAUGGUUUCAAUAUCGCAUUACAAGAUAGUGAUUGAUCAUGCUCAGCAUUACAACCGAUGCCGUAAUGCCAUUUUUGAUGUAAUGCCUGACUUUAAUAAUAUGAGGACUAAUUAUUUAAUUCGAGCUGAGGACCCAGAUGAUCCUCCUUUUGCUCGCUGCCAGUAUAAUCUAAAAAUUGUCAGUAUACCAGUUCACAGUUCAUUCAAUCCUGCUAGUGCAGUCUGGUACCUCUCAUUACCCAACUAUGAGCCUGAUGAUCUCAUCAUUUCAUGUUCACAUCAAUUGAAGCCUAAUGGUCUCUCUUAUGUUGUUCAUAUGUCUGUACAAUUAACACCGUACAUAGCCAAUGAAGAAGUCAUUGAUAAGAUAUCAGUUAUACCUGAUCUCAUUGAGUAUGGCAGCUCUGGGAAUGUCAUUGAUCAAGAUGCUGGGGCACUUGUAGAUUUCAAUAUUGAUACUAAUGAGACUGAUUAUCAUUUUGUACUAAAUUCCGGGUUUUACCCUCAAUCAACCAACAAUUUCAAAUAUGAACUAUCAGUAUCAAUAGAAUGGCUGAAUCUAAUAGCAUUUAAGCCAAUCAUACAGAAUUACAAGUGUUCCUUCAAUCCUUUGUCUCCUCUGCCUGGCCCUAUCACUGAUGUCCGACUGCUUGCUCCUGUCUCCAAGCCUAACAGUUAUUCCGUACACUUGUCACUCUCAUGGAGUCCUCCUACCAGUUUCAAUGGUGUUUUUAAACUUUAUGAGCUUGUAUUGGUAACAGAUCCAAAGAAUGGCUCAGAAGAAAUAUCACAGUCGAGCCAAACACCACGAAAGACAAUUGAACAAGUUGACUUGACAACAGACGUUUGGGUCCCACAGUUUAUACCAAGAGAUGAUGUCCAUUGCAUGUAUAUUCAAAUAAGAGCUCAUAAUGGAUUCAGAGGUGGUAAUUGGAGCGUCCCAUUGUUGAUACCGUUAGAUGAAGAGUGUCUCCCAUCAACCAUUGAGACAAUGCUACCAUCCAUUACUGCAGCCAUCACUUCAGCCACUACUCCAGGGAAUACUGCAAGCAAUACUGCAGCCACUACUGCAGGGACAAAUACUGCAGAGAAUACUGCAAGCAAUACUGCAGGGACAAAUACUGCAGAAAAUACUGCAGGGAAUAUUCCAGCUAGUACUGCAUGGAAUACUGCAGUCAGUACUGCAGCUAGUACUGUAGCCAGCACAACUUCAUCAGCUAUUACUGUCACUAAACCAACCUCUACUUCAUCUAGCACCGGUAGACUUAGCCCUGCAGCAACAACUGGGCUUGGAUUUGGAAUUGUACUCAUAUUAUUAUUAAUUUGCUCAUUGUUUGUCCUUUGUCUGUUCUGGCAAAUGAGACGACGAAAGAGAAGACUAGAAUUUAUCCAAGAGGAUAUAUUUAGUGAUCCUAUUUUCCAUCAAAUGGGUCCAAGGACUACAGUUAAUUUUAUAUCAUUGACAGAGAAUGCUGUCCUUCAUGAUGACUGGGAAAUACCAGCUGCAAUGGUUAUAUUGGAGUGUGAGAUAGGACAAGGUGAAUUUGGAGAGGUAUACAGAGGAAUGCUAACUGAUCCUACGGUCACGCCUCACACCAGAAAAAUACUCAAAGAGACGUAUUCCAGCAGUGUUGCUGUGAAAUUAUUGAAACCUUCGGCCACUGGGAGUGAGAAGAAAGAUUUCUUAAAUGAAAUAGAAUUGAUGAAACAAAUAAGUCAAGGGCACAAUUCACACGUUGUCAAUAUGGUGGGUUGUGUUACAGCACAGGAGCCACUCUGCCUCAUCACUGAGUUUGUUAAACACGGAGAUCUUCUCUCCUACCUGAGGGCUACUAGGAAAAGAAUUCCUGAAGAUAAAGUUAAUCCAUAUCCUGAUCUUGGAGAGUUGCAAUCUUCAGAUCUUCUUUCAUUUGCUUACCAGAUAGCAACCGGAAUGGAAUUCUUAUCAAGCCUCGACAUAGUACAUCGUGAUUUGGCUUGUCGUAACGUCCUCAUUGGUGAUUCUAAGAACCUCAAAAUAUCGGACUACGGGAUGUCAAGAAUGGUCCAAGCUGGUGACACGUACGUCAAGUCAACAAAAGGAAAACUCCCUUUGAAAUGGAUGGCAAUUGAGUCAAUAACUGAUCGUGAAUUUACUAGUGCUUCUGACGUGUGGGCGUACGGUGUGACAUUGUGGGAGAUUGGUACUCUAGGGGGUUUUCCUUAUCCCACUGUUGGUAAUGAUGAGUUGUUGAUAAGGCUGAAGCAAGGAUACAGGAUGGAGUGCCCUGAUAACUGUUCAAAAGAAAUUUAUGAUAUAAUGCUUGAGUGUUGGAACGAGUCUCCUCUUAAGAGACCCACGUUUUCCGUGUUGCGUCAAAAAGUUGACAAGCUCCUGAGUGCCCAGCAGUCCAAUGCUUACAUUGAUCUAAGGACGGAUGAGGGUAACGAUAUCUACACUGCACCACCAGAAGAGGAAGAGGAGGAGCAAAUGAAUAAGAUGAAGAGAGGGUCGUCCAAUUCAAAUACCAGCCUCAGCAGCUCUGCUAAUGAGAACGAUCCAUUGAGAGCCUCAAAUCCUUUGUUUCUUGAGAUUGAAACAACCUCUGGACGCUCUUCGCUCUCUCCUCCUCCAUCCUCGUCUCCUCUCCAUGUGUUUCCAAACGGUUCAGCCAAACCUCAUGAAACGUCUUCACUUUAUCUCUCGCCUAGAGCCACGCCAAAGCCUUCCCCGAUACGACUCAUACCAUCUCCUAGGCGACCAAUCAGCCUUGCUCUAUGGGAUGGCGCUAAAGAGAAUCCUUACGUUGAUGAGCCGGCAGGAAAAACAGGAGGAGUAGGGAGAGUGGGAGGAGGUGGAAAGAGUGGGAGCAGUGUUGUUCCUGUGAUAAGAGUGUCAGCCAGCACUCCUUCAUCGCCCACACACUCCAAACAGGAUGCUCACAAGGAGUGAUACUAACUGUCUUCAUUUAAUUGUUCGUUCACGCCUUCUUAAAUCCAGUACAGUAAUCAUUGCCCUCUGACAUUAACUAUAUUAUACUGUAUAUAUAUAUAUAUAUAUAUUACAUCAUAGUGAUAAUAAUGAUUUUUUAUUAUUCUCUGAUUGUUGACUCCAAGUGUGUCUUGAGGUGUGUCAGCAUAUUUCAGUAUUAUAUUAUUAGUAUUGCUUUUGUUACUUUCAUUAUUAUUGCUAUUUUUAUUUUUGCUAUUGUUAUUGUGUAAUGUGGUUUUCUUUGUGGUUCUCUGUUUGUUUGCUUUUUUAAAGGUUUUCCCUUCAUAAA